UUUCUUCUUCCCAAAGGUCCGAAGAACUCAACGAUACACACUGUGGAAUCGGAUUCGAACAUCACAAAAUACACAAUAACUCUCUGAAUUCUUCAAUACCCAUUUUGUAUUUAUCUCUUUACACCAUGAUGACAUCACCCAAAAAGCCACCACCAGAAUCCGACCGUACACUCACGGCGAUCAUGCACCAACCGGCAUCUCCUCGUUUCCAUUUAGGAACUCCCACUUCCGGAGCUAACCGGAAGGUCGCUAUCGCCGUCGAUCUUAGCGAUGAAAGUGCUUAUGCCGUCAAAUGGGCUGUGCAAAAUUACCUCCGACCAGGUGACGCCGUUAUACUCCUUCACGUCCGUCCAACUUCGGUACUUUAUGGAGCUGAUUGGGGUGCUAUUGAUGUUUCUGUUGACACUGAAAAUGAAGAAUCACAGCGGAAACUGGAAGAUGAUUUUGAUAACUUCACAACUACGAAAUCUAAUGAUUUAGCACAGCCACUUGUGGAGGCUAAUAUUCCAUUCAAGAUUCAUAUUGUGAAGGAUCAUGAUAUGAAGGAAAGGUUGUGUUUGGAAGUUGAGAGGUUGGGUUUGAGUGCUGUUAUAAUGGGGAGUAGAGGGUUUGGUGCAUCAAGGCGUAGCCCUAAAGGAGGGAUGCUUGGUAGUGUGAGUGAUUACUGUGUGCAUCAUUGUGUUUGCCCUGUUGUUGUUGUUAGAUAUCCUGAUGAUAAAGAUGCUACUAGUGGCAAUGACUUGGUCACAGAUGUGCUUCACCCUGUGCCUGAGGAGGAGCCUAUAUACCAUGAUGCCUCCGAUAAAACUGCAGAUUCGGAGAAGGCUUCUUGAAUAAGUUGAAGGUGAAGAGAUGUUUGAGUACGGGUGAGGCGGACUUGAUUUUGGUGUAGGCGUGCGCCAUUUGGAACAUGAAUUUGGUGGUUUUCAGUGCUUUCUUUUUCUGCUUAUGGUCGUCUGCUGUGUGUCGAGUUUAUGAAGUUUGGAAUGGUUGUAAUUGUUCAUGAUCUUCUUUUCUUUGUUUUAGGUUUUAAAAUAGGCUGUCUGUUUUUUCAUGUGGAAUAACUAUCUUUUGAAGCUGCUUUGCAAGUUCAACUUCUCUGUUGAAUGCUUUA